AUGCCUUUGGGAGCAAAGGUGAAAGCAGACGAAGUUCUUCGUAGUGGCGAGAAACGAGAAGUGUACCCACGCACAUGGUGUACUCUGAAGCAAGGACAGAAGUCCCAGAUGCUGCCCUUUCGGAAAAUUGUGACCGCCGGAGGGACCGUCAACGAAGACGAGAUAACAUUGCAGUGCGAGGUCUGCAUGCAGUGCAUUGUUCAGGACGAGCUGCUCGUGGGAGAAAUGGCAGAACCAAAAGUUGGUUUAUUCAGGUGCCUGGAGGAGAUGCUGCACAAAGAAGUCCACACGGACUUCGAACUGCGUGCAGGGGGCACUGUUAUGAAGGCGCACAAGGCCCUAUUGGCCGUGCGAAGCCCGUACUUCGCCGCAAUGCUUCAGCCGCACACGAAAGAAGCACAGGAGAGCUUCGUAGAGGUUUCGGACGUAAAGCCUGAAGUACUGAAACAGGUUCUGGUUUACAUGUACACUGCUGAGGCACCAGGGUUGAAGGACAAACCGUGGGACCUGCUGAUGGCUGCCGACAAGUACCAGUUGCCUCAGCUGAAGCGCCAGUGCGAGGCGUACAUCGCCAGCCGCCUGGACGUGGACAACGCUGCGGAAACUGCAGCCAACGCCUUUGUUUUCUCCAGCGACCUGCUGUUGCAGCGUGCGGUCCACUUCAUCAAGCGCAACCUUUCCCAGGUGAUCAGCACUCCAGGAUGGAACGAGGCUAUAGCUGCGUACCCUGAAGCCAUACAGCGCAUCAGCGAGAUGAUAGAAUGA